AUGGAUUCCCAAGCUUUUGCUCACCCACCUCCUUCUCCUUCUCUUAUAUCAAACGUCACUACGAUUAGUCUUGUACUUACAGCCUCAUUCGCCAUUGUAGUUUUCUGCUUCUUAUGUACAAUUAUCAUUGCCCUCAUUCACACCACAGUUGGCAUGUUAUUUUCCUGUCUUCUAUUCGAUAUGCAUGACCGCCAUAUUGAUCUUGAAGCCGGACAAAGAAGACACCAGACACGGAUACUUUCUGCAAUAUCACAGCAAACUCCGUUCAGAAAUAAUAUAGCAUUCUUCCAAGCUCUUUUGGUGGAGGUAUGGGAUGGAGUUAACAUUGAUGAAGAAGGAACAGAAGAGCAACAACGACAAGUAGCCUUGGAAUCACUACCGCCACCCAUAAGUCACAGAAACUUAGAUGUUUCAUCAAGUCCCCAUGAAUGUGUCAUUUGCUUGGAGGAUUUCGUAGAUGGCGAUUCAUGUCGAGUUUUUUCGGUUUGCAAACACAUGUUCCAUUUGAAUUGUGUGGACAACUGGUUGAGGAAAAACCUUACUUGCCCAAUUUGUCGAAAAUAUGUAAUGGAUGUAUGA